AGGGGGUAGGGACUUCUCCAAUUUACCGCCGUCUCAGACAGUUCUGUGUCAGGAGCCAUAGGAUAUAGGGUGCCAUCAUGGACGACCAGGGAUAUUAUAGUAAUAAUAAAAUCAAUUCUACCAAUUCAGGAGCUAAUCGGAGAACAAAUAGGCAGUCUGUAAAUAAUGCAUGGCAAGAGCCCCGGGAUUCCAACCCUGAUGCCAAUGCUAACGCACCUGUCAACGCAAACACCGAUCCACAAACACAGCAGGAUCCAACUCAGCCUCAACAUUCAGAUGGGUUCACCAUGAUACCACCCAUUGAAUCAAGAAGGAGUAAACUACAGAGGAUGGCUCAGAAAGAAGAGGAGGACUUCCAGAGAUGGAAGGAAGCAAACAGACCUGGUCCUGUCCAACUGGCCCCAGAGAGGCUAGGUGGUGCUGUGUCACUGGCUGAGGCCAGAGACAGGCAGCUGGUGGAGUUACGACACUCUAAACUGAAGAAACAGCUGAGAAAAGAGGAGCUGGACCAGCAACGGAGACAGGCUGAGGAAGAGGAGGAUGAGAGGAUGAAGGCUAAACAGCGGGAGAAGGCUGAGAGACUGGAAGAGAGGAGAGAACAGGAGGACAGGCGGAGGAGAGAAGUUCUCGCACAGGACCACCUCAGGAGGACAGAGCAGUUCCUUCAGAGGGUGGAGAGGUCAGAUGCAGCUCCAGUGGCAUUGACUAGUGCCUCACACACAUCACCCUGGGCCAGAGCCCAGGAAUACAGGGCAGAGAGGAAAGAGGAGGAGAAUACAGCUCUACAGCUGAAGAAGAAGGAACAGAGGAUGAAGAGUGAAGUCUUGGAGGAGAAAGAUAGUGAUCAGGAGGAGGAGAGGAGGAGAGAAUUGAGAAGGGGGAGAUCAGCUUUCCUGGACCGACUGCAGGGUGGGGGCACAGAGGUUGCAGGGGGGCAGAUGGAGCUACAGCGCCCCCCUGUGGUUAUGGAGGAGGACAGAAGAGACUGGCAGACCCAUAGCCAGACCUCCAGACCACAAGACACCUUUACAUCCCCGGAGCCUGACCCAGCACACAGCACCUCAGAGUGGCGAGAGGAGACCAAUCCAGACUUUGAGUGGGUUGUGAUGAAGCUUCAGAAUAGCUUCCCGUUCUGUGAGAGACCCUUUCUGGAGGACAUCGUCAUUCAGUGUAACGGAGACUAUCAACAGGCCUAUGACUUACUUAUCUAGUGCUGCAGAGACUACCAACAGGCAUGUGUGUUAGUCUAAUGACAACCCUUGUGUAUUAACCUUUAGUACUGAAUCUUCGUCAUAUCUUCAUCUCUAAUAGUAAAAUUGUGAAACUUGAUACUGUAAUAAUGAUAAUAUUGUGAAACUUGAUAAUAUCUAUUAGAUCAAGUAAUGAUAGUAUUGUGAAACGUAAUAUCUUACUAAUAAUAAUAGUGUGAAACUAGUUAAUUUCUUCAACACAAAUGACUCGUAUUGCUCCAUUGUGUUUGACAUUGAUUUAGGAUGAUGUGUGUUUUACAAAUGAGCUGUAGGUCACUAGGAUGAGUCAGCAUCUUUAUAUCCGUUUGGCUUUUAACAAGCUCAUUGUGUUGUUAUGGAAACAUCUGUCCAGGGAGAGAUGCUGUUUUCUGUUUCUCUGUAUAAAGGCUAAUCACAAUAACAUGUUGGCUAUCCAUUACAAGGGUUUUUCAUCUGUAAGAAUGGACAACAAUAGACCGUCUCCCUUAGUGUGUCCUAUUAGAUAAUAGAUUGGGUCUUUAUGAUAUGUGUGAUCUCUGGUUUCACUGAGAUGUCUGACUUUUCACUUUGUAUUCUUCAAAUGUUUAGGUCAGCUAUCCAGGGCUGUGUUUAAUAAAUGGGUGUUCAACACGGUACUAUGCAUGGUUGAA